CCUUGCGCUAGCUUCUAUCUUCCUACCACCAACCCAAACUUUUCAGUUUAUCCAACAACUGCUGCGCAACCUCCGCGCAGUUUCCAGUUUCCGACCUUCAUUCAGCUCAUAUCUUACUUGAAGAGGUAUGUCAAGUCUCGCCAUUUUCGCCUUCCCCUUCCUGCGGUGCGCAUCAUCACGGUCUGAAUCCAGGGCGAGCGCUCGUUUUUUUCUUUGUGGUGGGACAAAUGGUAUUCUCUCGCAAGCAGCCUUGUUAUGUUUCAAGCACAUUCACUAUCCACAAGCUAUGGACCAGUCAUUUAAUCAGAGCACUACUAGAAAUAAGCACUAAUCCUCCCUCAAUCGCAGACUCUCCUUUUGACCUUUCCCAUCACAAUACACGACCAACACGUCUUACCAGCAUUGCUUUCUGUCUCCGCCUCCCUUUGCACGAAAUCAGUUAUUGAUCCAAGCAUUCUUAAGAAUGGCGGACACAGAGGCUAAGCCUGAGAAGGAGGAGGUCACCCAUGAGGAGGAAGGCAAUGAUGAGGUAUGUUUGGGUUUUGUCUGAGCUCUAUUUGAGCUUCUCUACAACUCCAAUCUAGGAGGAAUGUCAGAUCGAUCCCAUCAAGCCUCGAACAUACUGCUGUGCGGAUUUUGAGAGUUGAUAUUCUCAAUACUGGCAACAUGGGAACCAAGAUAUAGAGCCUCAUCUCCAUGCUCCCGCUGCUUUGGAAGGCUCCCUUAGCGCUUCUCAAUCGAAGUUAAUCCCAUAAACCAACUAUUUAGCUACUGCUAACAUGCUUAACCUCUAGGAAGAGAUAUCAGCCAUGAAGCGUCGAGUCGCAGAGAUGGAAGAGGAGGCCGCAAAGCUGCGUGAGAUGCAAGCAAGUCUUGAUCAACAAAGCAAUGGUUUGCGCGAGGACAAGGAGGACAUUGACUCUCGAAGUAUCUUUGUCGGAAACGUAGACUACGAGGCAUCGCCAGAAGAGAUCCAGGCUCAUUUCCAAACCUGCGGCUCCAUCAAUCGUGUCACCAUUCUACUGGAUAAAUUCACCGGUCAUCCCAAGGGGUUCGUACACCCACGAUUUCCGGUCCUUUGAUUCAUGGACCAUCUUUGUGUUGUGCAAUUUGUCAAGAAUCUUUUAUGAUCAACGCUGCCUGGCAAGAGAUGGAGGCUAAUCAAGGUUAUGCAGGUAUGCGUACGUGGAGUUCACCGAGCCAAGUCUCGUUGCUCAAGCUUUGGUUCUGAAUGAAAGCGUCUUUCGUGGACGAAACUUGAAGGUUGUUAUUACCUGUUCCAUUCCAUCAUCUAGAAGAUCUUGCUAAACCUACUCAGGUUGUUCCUAAGCGUACAAAUCUUCCUGGUAUGACCCGUGGACGAGGUAGAGGUGGCGGGAGAGGUGGUGGCCGAGGUGGCUUUGGUCGAGGAGGUCCUUCCCCUUAUCCACCACGCGGCGCAUAUCGUGGAGGAUACAGAGGCAGUCGGGGACGUGGAUAUGCACCUUAUUGA